UUCAGUCAUUUCAUUCAUUUCAUUCAUCUCAUCCUCUCAUCGCUUCACGUAACCUCAUGUCACGAUCCGUGGCCAAUUGCCCCGUGCUAUGCGCCACUGCGGAGAAAGACGAAGAAGAAGAAGAAGAACAAGAACUCGGCUCUACUGCUGUAGACCUAUUUGGACUGUUGUGGCCGCAAUAAACCAGCCGGCGCUAUCCCCACAAGCGCUGUAGAACAUAGAACUAUGAUACGUCUCUCUAGUACCAUCCGGUUCCUCUGCUUCCUAUCCUCAUGCACCGCGAGGCAGUUUCCAGAUUUCAGAUCAGCAGAAGACACUUAUACAUAUCAGGACCAAACUGAUUUCUCAAAUCACCCGGCAACAAGACCUGAAUACCCAUCCCCCAGCGGAAGUAAACUGCACGUUAACCCCGAUAUCGAAAAAUUUGGGUACGGAAUCUCGUGCAAGAGCGACGAGGAAUGUGCGUCCGGCUUAGGGUUGGCAUGCGUUGCGAGAAGGACAGCACUUCACUCCAGGUGCGACUGUGCCCGUGGAACACCGAUUUUCAUAAGGGACACCGACGGAGUCGCAAAAUGUGUCCGAGGAAAGCGCUUGUACGAAUCCUGUGCAAGUGACUUGGAAUGCGCUCAUCACGACAAGAACAUGAAAUGCGUCGACUUCCUGUGCUACUGCCCUCAGCCUUUCGUGCUUAGUGAUAACCAGAAGUGCCUUCCCCGUAAAUCAUCGCUGGCAAGCGCUCUCUUCAGCACUCUGCCGACAUUGGCACUUCUUCUGACAUUACUCUUCAUAGGAGCAGCUUACUCAUACAGACGGCUAUCACGUGCAACGAAGGAGAAGCAAUCCUGUGAGUAG